AUGUCGACCGCGACCGACGCGCGGGCGUCGGUGCCGUCCGCGCUCGAGGUCACGCGCGCGCACGCGGGGGCGCUCGAGCUCGAUCUCGGGUCGCUGCUCGCGGAAGAUGUCGUGUUCGACGUCCGCGCGGUGGCGGCGGCGACGGGGACGACGCUGGACGGCGCGGCGCGGGAACGUGGGAGAGACGUCCUCCAGCGCGUGAUCGCGGAGUUGUUCGCGUUGCCGAGCGAGAGUGAUGGGAACGGACGGUUCGCGCAGUUGCCGGAACCGACGACGGGGUUCCCGAGAGCGCGGGCGUUGCCGCCGAGCGAGACGCCGCUGACGAAGUGGGAGGCGUUCGCGAAGGAGAAGGGCAUCAAGAAGAGGAAACGAAGUAAGGAGACGUUCGAUGAACAGAGUGAGGAAUGGAAACGGCGGUACGGGUAUAAGAGGGUGAACGACGCGAACGACGUGAUCAUAGCGCCGGCGAAGAUGACGGAUGUCGUCGGGAAGACGGAGGACCCGUUCACGCGCGAGGAGCGAGAGAAGCGAGAGCGAACGCAGAAGAAUCGAGAGAAACAGGAUAAAAACUUGAUGCGCGCCGUGCAGGAGAAGGGUGUGAAGGCGCUGCCGCCGACUUUACGCUUGGCGGUGACGGGACAGAAGGACUCGGUGGGGAGCGGUAAGCUCGGGAAGCGCGAAAUGGUACACGUCGCGUCGCGCGUCGCGCAAUCCACGGCGUCGAUGGGUAAGUUCAACGCCCCCGUCGCGGGCGAUGAAAAGAUAAAGCUCAAAAAGGGCGCCAGAAGACAGUUUGACGAUAACCUCGACACGGAGAAGACUCGAAAGAAGAGCCAAGAGAUUGUCGAAAAGUUGCUCCUCAAGGAAAAGGCUGGCGGUAUGGUCGACGUCAACAUGGCGGCGAGAAAGAUUCAACAAGAGAAGGAGAAGGCAAACAGGAAGAACAAAUCGAGCGGAAAAUCUACCGAAAAGAAGAUUGGCGGUAAGACGGGCGGCAAGACGGGCGGCAAGACGGGCGGCAAGGUUGGUUCCAAGUCGAAAAAGUAG